CCUCUUGGUAAGCUUUAUGCUCUUUCAAUUCAUUCUUUGAGAUUUUCAACAACCCAUUUACUUGUUAUUUCUCUUCUUGUUAGUUAGAUUCCCCAAUUUGAUUGAUAUCUUGUGGUUUUCUUCUCAGUUGAUUUCUUGUGUUCUUGAUAUAGUCCUGUGCCCUUGUUUUGGAUUUCAUAAAUUUUUGCAUCUCUUUUUUUAUUUUUCAAGUGUAAUUCUGUAGAUUGGCAACAAGCUUUGGUUGUGUGUGUUAGUGUGUCUGUGUUGUGUGUGUGAUGGAUACUCUCUUGAGAACCCACAAUAGACUUGAAUUGCUCCACCCAGUGCCUGGAUUUGCAGAAAGGCCUUGCCUUUCUCCCUCUCAAAGACCUCAAAAUCAAAUUUUUAGGUCAUCAUCAAACAAGAAAUCACACCAAAAAUGGAACAGAAAUGGGUGUGCUAGGGUUAGUGCCAGUAGUGCAAUUCUUGAACUUGUGCCUGAGAUAAAGAAAGAGAAUCUUGAUUUAGACCUUCCAUUGUAUGAUCCGUCAAAAGGUAUAACUUUGGACCUUGCGGUGGUCGGCGGAGGCCCUGCCGGUCUUGCCGUGGCACAGAGAGUGUCUGAAGCUGGCCUUUCUGUCUGCUCCAUUGACCCCUUCCCAAAACUCAUUUGGCCUAACAAUUAUGGUGUUUGGGUUGAUGAAUUUGAAGCCUUAGACCUCCUAGAUUGCCUUGAUGCAUCAUGGCCUGGUGCUGUUGUUUACAUAAAUGAACAAAGCAAGAAGCUUCUUGAUCGGCCUUAUGCUCGAGUAAAUCGAAAACAGCUUAAAUCGAAGAUGAUGAACAAGUGUGUUUCCAAUGGUGUUAAGUUUCAUCAAGCCAAGGUUGUUAAGGUAAUACAUCAGGAAUCAAAGUCCUUGUUGAUCUGCAAUGAUGGUGUGACAAUCCAGGCCUCCGUUGUUCUCGAUGCCACUGGUUUUUCCCGCUGCCUAGUUCAAUAUGAUAAGCCGUAUAAUCCUGGAUACCAAGUUGCCUAUGGUAUAUUAGCCGAGGUCGAAGAACACCCGUUUGAUUUGGACAAGAUGGUGUUCAUGGACUGGAGGGAUUCACACCUCAAUGACAACUCUGAACUGAAAGAGAGGAAUAGCAGAAUCCCGACAUUUCUGUAUGCAAUGCCAUUUUCUUCCAAGAGGAUAUUUCUUGAAGAGACUUCGCUAGUUGCUCGCCCAGGGUUGCGAAUGGAGGAUAUUCAGGAGAGGAUGGUGGCUAGAUUGAAACAUCUGGGGAUCAAAGUGAAGAGCAUCGAGGAGGAUGAACGGUGUGUUAUACCGAUGGGAGGACCGCUGCCGGUGCUCCCACAGAGGGUAGUUGGGAUUGGAGGGACAGCGGGAAUGGUUCAUCCUUCAACUGGUUACAUGGUUGCGAGAACUCUUGCUGCAGCUCCUGUUGUUGCUGAUUCUAUUGUUCAGUGUCUUGGCUCUGGCGGAGAAGGCAUUGUGGGCGAAAAAUUGUCGGAACAAGUGUGGAAGGAUUUGUGGCCAAUUGAGAGGAGAAGGCAAAGGGAGUUUUUCUGUUUCGGAAUGGACAUUCUGCUCAAGCUUGAUUUGCAAGGCACACGAAGGUUUUUCAAUGCGUUCUUCGAUCUAGAACCUCAGUACUGGCACGGGUUUUUGUCGUCGAGAUUGUUUCUUCCUCAGCUGAUAUUUUUCGGGCUUUCGCUAUUUGCACAUGCUUCAAACACUUCUAGGUUGGAAAUUAUGGCCAAGGGAACCCUUCCUUUGGCAAAAAUGAUUCGAAAUUUGAUCAAAGAGAAGGCAUGAAGUGUUUUGUUCCUUUUUUUUUUAAACUCCUGUUUGUUGAAGCAUUGUAUCUCUGAUAAUUUCUAUCUUGAUAGAACUUCAAAAUAUUCUUCCCUGUUGUAUGAUUAAAUG